GAAAAUUGCCAGCCAUGGAGUACUAAAUUUACUCCGCGGAUUACCAUAAUCCCGUGAGCUAUCUUAUUAUAUUAGUGCUAUUCCAGAGGCUGGCUCCUGACGUGGGAAAUGAGACAUGGAACUCCCGCAGAAGCCAUGGCUCGCUUGCAAGGCAUGGUGGUGGGGUGGUCUGAGGCGGCCUUCAUGUGCCAUCCUCCUCGGAACCAUGGCCCUUUUGGGCCUUUCAUGGCUCCAGACCACCCCUUCCCGGGUGGCGGUGGUGCCGGCGAUAACACCGCCGGCCCCUGAUGAUGUCGGUGCCGGGCCGGUGAGAAGCUGCUCCAGCUUCUACCGGCCCGGCCGGUCAAGAGGGGUGGUCUUUUCUAUUGAAAGAUUUGGUGGGGUGGGAGACGGCAAGGCUUCAAACACUGAGGCGUUUCGGAGGGCUAUGGAUCAUCUCAGGAAGUUUGGAGACAAGGGUGGGUCUCAACUCAAUGUUCCAAAGGGGAGAUGGGUCACCGGAAGCUUUAAUCUCACCAGCAACUUCACUUUGUUUUUGGAGAAGGGAGCAGUUAUCUUGGGGUCACAGGAUCCCAAGGAGUGGCCUGUUAUAGAGGCCUUGCCGUCGUAUGGACGUGGGAGGGAGAGAUGGGGAGGGCGCCAUAUCAGCCUCAUCCAUGGGGAUGGACUCACUGAUGUUGUUAUUACCGGACAGAAUGGGAGCAUCGAUGGGCAAGGAAGGAUGUGGUGGGAUAUGUGGUGGAAUAGAACACUGGAACGCACUAGGGGCCAUCUCCUUGAAUUGGUUAAUUCAAACAACAUUUUAAUCUCCAACCUCACCUUCCUCAAUUCUCCUUUUUGGACAAUUCAUCCAGUUUACUGCAGUGAUGUGGUAAUAAAAAAUUUAACAGUUUUGGCACCUCUUCAUUCUCCAAACACUGACGGGAUCGAUCCAGACUCGAGUACAAAUGUGUGUAUCGAAGACUGUUACAUCGAGAGUGGGGAUGAUCUAGUUGCUGUAAAGAGUGGAUGGGAUCAGUAUGGUAUUUCCAUGGCUCGUCCUAGCUCAAACAUUGUUAUCAGAAGGGUUUCAGGCACCACUCCCACCUGCUCAGGUGUCGGAAUUGGAAGCGAAAUGUCUGGUGGGAUAUCCAAUGUGGUGGUGGAAGAUCUGCAUGUCUGGGAUUCUGCUGCUGCAGUUCGAGUGAAGACAGAUAUGGGCAGAGGGGGAUAUGUUAGCAACAUUACAAUAACUAAUGUGAAAAUGGAGAGGGUUAAAAUACCUAUAAGAUUCAGCAGGGGUUCCAACGACCACCCUGAUGAGGGCUGGGACAGAAAGGCACUUCCUAGAAUCAAUGGUGUUUACAUCAGCAAUGUUUUUGGUCUCAGCAUAGAGAAAGCACCAGUUUUAGAGGGCAUCAAGGGUGCAAAGUUUGAAGGUCUCUGUUUGAGAAAUGUUAGUUUGGGUGGUUUAGGCCCUGAGGCUAAAUGGCGUUGUGAAUUUGUUGCUGGAGAAGCCUAUGAUGUGUCCCCAGUACCAUGCCUCCAGCUUAGGAGCAAUGGAUCUAAAUCUUGGUGCAAGCACACCUAAGUCUCAAAUUGCCUAUGAAUGUGACCAUCCUCACAUCAGCUUUUGGAAGAGUAAUAGCCUGAAUUUUAUCAUUUUUUGUACUUUUCUUUUCUUUUGAUAGGUAAAGUCGGAUACACACAAAUUCUAAUGUACAAAGAAAUUUUCAGAAAAGAGUAGUGUCUAUCAAUUUUCAAUAGCAAGGAAGCUCAUAAGUUCUAUGCAAUUCCUUCAUACAAUGAAACCGAAAUACUGUUCUAGGUAUCUUGUCUGCUUGUUCUACUACAGAGAAGCCUCUUCUCAAUGUCAUUAUUUUUUCAUUUAUACCUCUGUAAUCAUUUCCCUAAAUGCUCUGUUAUUUUUUCUGAAACAGUAUACUAUCAUUUUAUCCAUUUGGCCCGGAUAUAUUUUUGAUGAUAUACAUACAUAUAUACAUAUAUCCAACUUGAAAUCUGGUCAACUGGAUUCUGCUCUCUCCGGAUAUAUAUAGUAUGUGAGGAUCCGUGCGGCCAUGUGUUUAGUUCUGCAUCGGUUAUUCGCCGGAAAGAUCUUGGAUACUUCUAAUACCAUGAAAACCAUAAAAUAACUUCUGGCUAGUCUUUUUAGAUGAAGUUUUGGAUUGUUACAAAUGGUAUCAGAGCGAACCUGGUCUAUAGCUUAUAUGGACUAUAGGACACUAUGGCAAGGGCUCAUUGAGGCUGACUUUAUGAUUAGAUUUGAAUGGAUUUGGACUUUAGCCUGACGAAGAUGCUAGAGCAUAAACGGAGGGAGUAUGUGAGAAUCCGUGUGGGUGUGUAUUUAGUCCCACAUUAGUUAUUUACCAGAGAGAUCUUGGAUACUUAUAUAGGACUAAGAAAUUCAAAACAAUAACUUUCAACUAGUCUUUUUGGAUGAAGUUCUGAGUUGUUACAUAGCAAACAAUAAGAACAAAUACACCGAAACAAUUUCGAAAAGGCAUAUGAGGCAUAUACCUUUCUCACUGUUUGCGUCAUGUUUUUGCUUCUUUUUUUAUUUCCCUUUUUUUUUGAGAAAGUUUUUGCUUCUCUUAUUGUUUUCUAUACUCCUUUCUUAGCCAAAGGACAUAAUAAUGGCCACCUGAACACGUUACAUACUUUCUCUUAGAUACUGAAAUUUGGUCAGGUGUCUGUUGUCGAAAGCUGCAUCUUAAAAUGGAUAUUGGCUUGGAACAUCCAUAGACUUGGACCUGUAUUUGGCUUGGAAUAACUCUAUGAUGCAUACUAGAAGAUAUACUGCUAUUAAGUAUACUAUCACACAUUAUUUCUUGCUUCAUGUUUCUAAAACUUUGUUUCUCAUUGUGGUGAUUGUGUAUGUAACAUCAGAUGCAAGACAUGCAGAUGUAUUUCGGGAUGCUACAAUUAGCUAGCUAAUUACCAGGACAGCUUAUGCAACUCUGGUCAUGUACUUCAAAUUUGAUUCUGUUUUUGGUGCAAAAAAGAAGCACUAAAAUACAAUCAGGGGAGAGGGAGAGAGAGAGCGCAAAGAUUGAUGGAAAUAAAAGUUGGUUCGGUGGACUAGUUGAACAAAGGAAGAUUGACUUCACUGUGCGAGUUUAACUCUAUUGAUUUACAAGCAAGAACACAGGAGGCUCUCUAAUUGCCGAUGGUCAUAAAGGGAAGAAAAUCUUCAGUAAAGGUCAUUAUAGGUUUACUUCAGCAUGAUGAAAGCCUUCGCUACGACUUAGAAUAUCCAAACAUUAUAAUACAAUUAAACAUUUUUAGCGAUAACAGUGAAUACUUUGGCAAAUUCUGUCAACAGAGUAACAUUGUCUUCAUAGAAAAUCCUAUUAUUACAUAAGUAUUCAUCAAUUUUCUCGGUUGUUUUUCAUUGGCUCAUGCAAAAAAUUUUGCAUGCACACAUGCAUUGACAUACAACUAAGGCAUGCAUUGUAUAUGUUGAAAUGAAUAGUUGCAAGAAAAGAAAACCUUAGUAAUGAACAUUAAAGAUAACAUCUCUAAAACCAAUAUUUCUCCAAAAAUAAAAAGUAAAUUCAAUUUAUUAGAUACUUAAGAUUAAAUAUUAUGUUUAUAAAUUCGUAUUAUUGAUCCCAUCGCUUUGCUAUGCCCAAGAUCCAAUUAGGGGAUUAGCAUUUUGCAAUAAUCUUGAUCAGAAAUUGGCUACCAACGUAUUUCAUCUUUUUUUCAUUUCAUCUAUAAGUAUAAGCUUAUCUUUGCCGAAUAAGAUCAAAGAAGAAUUGACAAACUUGUUCAGUUAUUUCUUACUAAUAAUAUUAAAUUAUUGAUUAAACUCUACCGAUCCAUUAUGGAUUUCUGAAAAGAUAUAGAACCAAUGUAACUAAUCAUUCUCUGCAUUUAUUUUAUCCUAUCUCUCUAAUCUUAGAGUAGAAAGAAAACAAUAUAAGCAGCAGCAGCAACAAUGUACCUUGUUGGCUUUGCUUUUCUCAAGAUACUCUUCGAUGAUGCCGGCAAUUAACUGACGAGGCGGUGGCUGCUGUGGUGAACAGAGCGGCAGCCAGGCCAAGAAGUGCAGGCCUUCUUCCUUCAAUUCCUCUUCCUUCUUUUGGUUCUGCUGCCCAAUUCUGGGCAAGAAGACAAUCGACGUGGUCGAUGCUAUAGGUAUGAGCUUCAAGCUGGAUUCUGGUGCUCCUGAGCGCAUAGUACCAAGCCAAGGCACCGGAGUUCAUGGCAGCCAUUUAUUCUUAUUGGAAGGAAAAGGAAACCCACUUGCAUGAAGAGAUGUGGGUGUUCUUGGCUAUGAAUGGGCUGGGAAAGAAUGGUGGUGAGAGAAAGAACGGG